AUGAAGGAUAACCAACGGCCAGGGUGCUCAAUAGUGGCUUUUACUAUUGAGUUAAUACACCAUAGUUGGGAUACCAAUCCGGUGGAGGGUUUCAAGUACAGUAGCUCGUCUUUAGCUACGGACAACAUGGUUAGAUAUGGUGUACAACCUAGGUUUUUGGAGGUGUAUACAGAUAGAGCUUCAAUAUAUAUGAAUAAAGUGCUUAUGGUGUGGCAUGGAAGCUCCUCAUCCCUAUCAGAUGCAGAAACGAAAAAUGUAAAACAUCACCUUAUUCCAUGUUUUCAAUCUAGAACAGGUUAUGACAACUCGGUAUCCCUUAAAGGGUGCGCUUUAAGGGAACUCUGA